CGGCCACCGACCGAUUCAACACAUGCGUUUUUGUCACAAGACUUGAGUGAAAAUACAUCAACAUACGCUCUUCAUUUCAAAUAAAUUGUACACCGUGUCAGACUUUGGCAUCGUCAUUUACGGGCACUUUAGAACAUUGAUUUUUAUCGGUUUAACUGAAAACCAUUUUCAUCACAGGACAGUGUAUCCGUUCAUAUUUUGUUCUAUACCAGAAGAACCACAAGUAAAACAUCAUGAACAGAUUAGGCCAAAUGUCGUUGGUACUGUUGGUAGUGGCAGCGGGCCACGUUUACGGACAAGUGCAGACCAGCACGCCUUGUUCACUGUCGUUCUACCGGUACCUGUUCAAUUUGCCUGGUGAGAAGAUACGACCUAACGUACCAGAAGGCACGUACAUGUUCGGCAAGCGAGUUGGCCCGGCCACACAGGAAGGUCAAGCCUCAGACAACCUGCCAUCUAUCAUCAAACCUGCACCGUCGUACGAAGCUCCUGUGUAUCUUCCACCACCAACCACCACAACCACGACCACGACUACCACACUGAGACCAUCCACGGCGGCACCGGCGUACAUACCACCACCACAGAACCCAUACUACCCGUCCGAGUCCAUCAACACGGUAUCAGUGGUACAGCCCGCCAAACCAGCAUGCGACCACCCGGAACACGUGCACGUCGUGGACACCGGGCUCCUGCCACCAUAUCAGACCAAGUUCCAGCCACAACCCACAUUUCAGCCACAGCCCACAUUUCAGCCACAGCCCACGUUCUUCGUGCCACGUUUCGCUCCCCCACCCAAGCCACAGGUAACAGUAUCCAUCAGUGAUAACGAAAUAUACCCCGAACAACGAAAACCCGUGGCCGUCCAGAGGUUUGCCGUGCCCACACCACCACCACAGUUCCUCCGACCAUACAUCGCACCGGCACCAGCUGCAGCCCCGGCUGAGGACUGUGAUAAACACGUUCACGUGACCAGCUCCACAACUACCACCACAACCACCACCACGACACCAAAGCCCGAGCCCAGCACCGAAGGGUUGGUUGAGACUCGUCAGAACGAGAUAUUCAUAACACCAGAUACCAAGCACCCAGCUGACUGUGGACACAAGCACCACAACGUUGUUGUUCAGUCCCUAGGAGUACCAUCCACUGACUACGGUGUGGUCUCGGCCCCUGCCCUCGUCCCGUCCGCGUCCGCCGGCUAUUCAUACGACCGGCCCAGUGAGCCGCUAGCGUAUCCGUCAGCCGCAACCGGUUACACUUACCCCAAAGCCAGCCCGUCGUUUGAGUAUCCAGGUGCGUUUUCAGCCCAAGGCACCGCUCUGUUCGAGUCCGAAUCACCUAAGUCGUCUCCCAGUGGAACCGAAGACGGUGACCUGGUCAUCCUCAAGGUCUAGAACAUCCUAACCUCCGUGUGUGGAACAGAAAUAAAAAAAAAAUCAUAAAAAUAUAUUAUACAUUUAUAACACAUUUCGAAAACACACAACACGUACUUGUGUGUGUGUGUGCCUACAUGACGCCUCCUUAGUGUGUUAGCCAAUCGAAAAAAUUGGCAAUGUAACGCCAUCACCAUAUUAGAUUAUUAUAUUAUACAUCAUAAUUAUAUUAUAUUAGUAUUAAAAUCAUUAGUAUUUAGUUUUAUAGGAUAAUUAUGCGCUCACCCGUAAUUUAGACAAUGGAGAAAUAAAUAUAUUAUAUUGUUACCAUUAGAUUUAUAAUAAAAAUAAUUUAGAACAAUACUAUUUGAUAUUAUAUUAUAAUGUUCAAUGUUUAAAAAACAAAAAAAAAAUGUUAUAUUUAUUACCAUUUUAAUGUAUUGAUCAUGUAAACUGAAUGUAUCAUUUUUUUGUUUGUUCAUUACUUUAAUUUCAUUUUUUAAAAUAUACUUUAGUCAAGUUUUUUAA